AUUCAUUUUCCAGUCCCAUAGUGCAUUUCUUUGUCAAGUGAAAGAAUGCAAAGGUGAGGGGAAAGGAACUUCACUGCAGACAUGAUGCUGCUGAUGGGAUUGGUGCUGAGUACAUUGAUCGUCAGUGACGUAGCAGCUGAUAUUGCUCUGAAUGAAGAAUUGGAGAAAAGUGAGCAGGAGAAAAUGACCCAAGGCAGUUGGAUCUUUGGAAGAAGCCAUGUCCUUCACGAUGAAUAUUGUUCUCAUGGUUGGUUUUAUCGUGGUUAUUGUUACACAUUCAUCGAAAGAUUGAUGCCGUGGAUAACUGCUGAGAUGUACUGCCAAAAGCUUGCUCCAGGUGGCCAUCUUGCCUCCAUACACUCAAAAUUACAGAACAAUUUCAUUAGACAGCUGAUACAUGAAGCAAAUGAAAGAGAUCCUGAAACUUGGAUUGGUCUGAAUAAUGUCUUCAAGUGGGAGUCUUUGACAUGGACAGAUGGAUCUGGUGUAGAUUUCACAGACUGGUACUCGACAAAUCCUAUUUUGAUUCGGAGGUUGUUCUUGAGAUGUGUGAUGUUUAACUUUGACAUUCCCAACAAAUGGGAGAUCAGUUACUGUUUGCCAAGGAAACCCUUUGUUUGUGCCUAUAAAUUACAACUAAAUUAGAAGAAUCUGGUGAUGCUCCGUGGAUCCUGUCCAGGAAUGGAUCCUGUUCCUCGAUUUGUGGAGCUGCAGUUCCAGCCCAUCAUGGCUGUGCCGACCAAGUCUCUCAGUCAACAAUAAAUGUC